GGCGCUCAGGACUGCAUGCGCCUAAUACUGGACGGCAAGGAGCGCGUGUUUUCGCAGUUUCCCAAUGGAAUGGCGUCGAGUAUCAGCGCAGGAUCAAACGGAGACUACAUCGCCGAGAUGCGCGUGGAUCAGUCCGGACGACUCGUUGUGUACCUGCAGAUCUUCACUUGGUCAAAGGACGGUCCAUCCUACCACCUACGCUUGCAAAUAGGGUGCUGGCGCAGUCAGCGACUGUGCGUGAGCGGCGACGUGCUGGUAACGAGCGCGCCUGCCUCGUUCACAUCGGACGGCGCACAGUAUCUGGGCGAGAUGUCACUACGAGAGAAGCGCGAGGCCGUGGAGAAAGCUUUCUCGCAGCGGCUUCGCGACAACCGCGAGGCGGCGAGGGCCUCGUCAGCAACGUGGGAAGAAUUUGGCAGGUUCCGCGUGAGUUACGUCAAGGAAUGA